UUGCCCCGCCUCUCCUCGGUGCCGGGAAUUGAACGGCUGUUGGGCGCCCGCGGAACGCGUCAAUCGUCUUGCGCGUAUCGCAAUAAAACUCCUACCUUUUCGUUAAUUUUGUGUUCUUGCGUAUUUGAUUUACUUUUAAAAUAACAUCUUCGUCUGUUCGAAUCACGCCCUCGGCAACAAACAACAAUGUCGGGGUGCCGUGUGCUCGGCACAGAUGAGCCGCCCAGUGCGGGCGUGGGGCCCGGCGAGGCGCCGCCCGCACGUCCUGUCGUGCCAGACUGCGCCAUCUGCCUGCAACCCUGCGUGCACCCAGCACGCCUACCAUGUCGCCACGUCUUCUGCUUCCUUUGCGCCAAAGGAGUCGCGCUGCAGAGCCGCAGGUGUGCCCUAUGCCGCAGCGAGAUUCCACCUGACUUCCUGGAACGGCCCACACUGCUGUGCUCCACUUCAGACGGCCAGCCGCUUGCGCAGCAGCAGCAGCGGAGAUCAUCGGGCUCGAUGGGCGUGGCUGGAGGUGCUUCUGAAGGUGUGCCGCUUAAGCCGCGCACUGCCAAUGCCUGGUACUACGAGGGCCGCAACGGCUGGUGGCAGUACGACGAGCGCACAAGCGCGGAGCUGGAGGAAGCGUUCGCGCGUGGCAGCACCACGAUGGAAAUGCUCAUCGCUGGCUACCUUUACGUGGCAGACCUGGAGGCCAUGGUGCAGUACCGCCGCAGCGAGCCAUCUCGUCGCCGCAAAAUGAAACGUGACCUGCUGAGUGCACCCAAGAAGGGCGUUGCAGGCCUGCGCUUGGAUCUUACGGCGCCGGCGGUGUCACCUGCAAAUGCUUCUGGCGUGGACGGCGUUGAUCGGGCAGUCGCUGGCACCAGCUCUGGCUCUGGAUCUGUUGUGGCAGGUGGAUUUUCCAUGUUGUCGAGCGCUGCCUCCGUUAUAUCGAGUGGUAUUUCGGCAGCACUGGGAGUCUCGUCAGCUGCCUUUGGUGGCUCGGUUGCUUCAGGUGGACUUUUGGCUUCUGCAGGGCCAUCUACCAUCACUGCAGCCUCCCCUAGUUCUCCAGUAAGUAGUGUGGCUACAUCUUCUACUCUUUCUGUGGACCCUCUGCCAGACUCCGGAGCCACGUCCUCCUUUCCAUCAAGGCCUGCGACCUUUGCCCCCCAGCACCAGAUGAGGGCUGGUGUCGGUCCUCCAAGCCCAGCUGAUAGCGAUGACAGCUCUGACAGGGACGACGAGGAACAGGAUUACGAAGACAACGAAGGAGCGGCGUCCAUUUCUCGGCAACUCGCAGGAAUGCGUCUUGGCCGCUCGGGGCAGAUGCCGUUGGCUGGUGAGGGUGGAGGCAGCGGCAGAGCCGUCUACGCUGCCCCACAUUUGGCUGCGGAUGAAGAUGGUUCUAGGUUGUUGGGGCGGCGCCGUCGCACCAACAUGCCUCCUCCACCACCACCUCACCGCCAGCCGGCUUUGCUGCCAGAUUCAUUAGUAGCACGCCAAGAUUCUGGGACAGGUCGCCUCCCACUAAGAGCCUCAGAACGGCAGAUCGCACGGCAACAUGGUGCUCAUGGAGGGGCCGAGAGCACCAGCGGAGGUGGCGGUACUGGAGGAGCAGUGAUAGACACAGCAGAAGCACAGCAGCAGUCGUCUGCUGUACCGCGCAGUGCCACGCUGCGUGUGCGGUCUCGUGAUGGGCGGCCCGAUGGCCAGUACACUGUCACUGACGUGUGACGGCAAAGCAAUGCAGCCAUCACAAACUGUCCUACUACCCCGUUCGAAAAAACAUUUUUUUUCCGUAAAUCUAAAGACAAAACCCCAUGGCAAAAAAGUACAUUUCUUAUUCUCUUAUGAGCCAGUAUGAGUUUUGAAAACGCACACACAUUUGUAAAGGUGCUGUGAUGCAUUUGCCUGUUUGAGUGCAAGCUCACACUAAUUGUGAUAAAUAACUCGAACUUUGUCAUUGUGAGCGCCAGUUGUUAAACCAUUGCUUUGGAUUUAACCUGUGUAAUAUAAUACAUCUCAUUUGGCUAUAAUAAUAAAUAGCUUUAUACAGGUAGAAAUAUUCCAAUCCAGUAUAUUAAGCACUCGAUUACAAACCUUAAAUCUCUUUUUCCAUAUGGGCCACCUAUAAAGUCUUCAACCUGCACUAAGUGGGUUGAAAGAGAAUUCGAGUGAUUCUAUGUCAAUACACCUAUUCAUGGUUUUUUCGGUAAAGUCACGUAGAUAUUAAAAAAAAAUCUAAUUUAAAAGCAAAAAACCCAUGACGUUUGGAUCGCAACACAAGCAGUCUUCUGAACACAAGCAGUCUUCAUUAGAAGUCUUCAUUAGAAGACUGCUUCAUUAGAAGACUGCUUGUGCUGCGAUCGAAACGUCAUGGGUUUUUUGCUUUUAAAUUAGAUUUUUUUAUAUCUAUGUGACUUUACCGAAAGAACCAAGAAUAUGAAUUCCUGCAGUCACGAAAGUUUUAAAUAAAAAUUUAAGUCAUUAAACCUGUUUGUGAUCAACAACCGCUGGUAUGCCUUAAAUCAAUUUCUAAACUUUUGGAUUCAAUUGCAUGUGUCUUGUACUGAAUCUGUGCUUUUGCGAACCAUGAACACCAGGCACAUGGGAUCCAAUUAAGCUCAACUUUGCACAUAAGCGGUUGUCUGGCCAUGAUGUACAUUUAAGUAAUUUUCAAGUUAUUAAGAAUAUGCUUGUGGAUUCUGAGAGGUGAUCUAGAAGACUUAAUCUUGCUGCAUGGACGUGAAUGAGAGCAUUGUGAGACACAAAUGUUCGCCGAGAUCUAAAUUUAUCAAUAACAUUUAUUUGAACUUCCUCAAAUGAAAGUACAUGCUAAUGUAAAGGUUCAGUGCGUCAACGCAGCCACUUUUCACCUUGAAACAAGAACUUAAGAAGGCAUUCGGGCCAAUUCAUGGGCAUACCAGAGGGGACUUGGUUUGAUUUAAAACCCAGGAAAGUAAAUAAGAGUGACCGUACAAAAAUGUGAAUCAUAAGAUAAUGACACUUAUCAACAUUUUUUGGUCCAUUUUUAUGCACUGAUAAUAUAAACAUGCUAACAGAAUGGGGCUGUUAUGUUUUGGUGACAAACAUGAAAGGGUUACACGUUGUACUUUAGUUUUAACAUAACAGCUGCUCUCAAAAAUGUACGUAAUUGCAAAAAUAGAGGCAGACAUGCAUUAGGUUUGUGUAAAUAUUAAGCUAAAUAUUUGUUUUUUUUCAUGGGGGUUAACUUGUGUCUAAACAAACAGUGAAUCUCUUUGCCUGAAGUAGUUUGAACUUGUACAACAAAGUAUGAUGGCACUUUCACAUUAAUUACUGAUCUGGAUUAAGUAAAAGGAGGUGAAUUGAAAACUAAAAUGUUGUAAACAACCAGUAAAGAGAAUUCGAGUAAACAACCGUAUAGCAAUAUAAACAUUUAAAUCGUUGGAGAGAGACAGAUUUUGAAAGCAAUAGACUAAGGUUGGGGGCGACGGGAGGAUUGACCACCGAUCAUGCAAAGGCUGACGAGAAUAGUGGCUUUUUUGUUUAAAUAUCCGUAUAUAAACUUUGAUCCUCGUGUUUUUGUUUUAUCUAUACAAGUGUUAGUGUGUACAGCCCAUAGCGAUUUGAAGUGUAACUGCAUUUGAGGUAUAUCAUUAAAGGUAGGUUCUUUACGCAACAUUAAAUACACUUUUUUUGUAAAUUAUAGGCUUGUACAAAGUUAGUUUCGCAGAUGCCUUUUCAUUUUGUUUGUAAAUGUGACAAUGGAACUUGCGUGGUAAGAUCCUGUAAUAUUGUAAUGUUAUUUGCUAAGCUUUUAAAAAUCUUCUGGUGUUAUUAAAAAUAAAGCUUCUUUUGCUUU